AUGGAUUUAGAAGAUCUCAAAGUCAAAAAUAAUCCCGCCAGACUCGCUAACGACUUACCAGAAUUUACCUGUGGAGAGAGGCGUGUCGAGAAAAUACAACUCAACGGCCUCUAUACCCAAGCCGAAGGGAGAAGGCAGAUGACAAAGUUAGAGACUAUAUCCGCGAGUUGGGUUAUAUGCGACAGCUGGGCCGGAAUCGCAGGCACAAUAUCUCUCGCAGUUGCCCAAGGUGGUCCAGCCACUUUGAUCUAUGGAACCUUCUUAAUUUUUUUUUGGUUGGUGCCUGUGCUCUACGCUAGCCGAACUGACUUGUUUAUCCGACUGCCGGCGGACAAUACCACUGGACCUCUAUCAUUGGCCCCUAAGUCCAUGAAUCGUGCCUUGACUUACUGCUGUGGAAUGGCAACCGUAUUUUCCUGGAUAGCCAUUUGCACCGGCAUUGCUAUAAUCCCCGCACAACUCAUUGUCGGGAUCGCAUUGUUCUACAACCCAGAUUACGUCCCAUCAGCAUGGCAUUACUUCUUGAUCUACUAA